AUGAGUGAUAGUGGAUAUACAUUAAUUUACGAGCCUAAUACGGCAAGUAAGAUUUCAGUCAACGAAUUCAAGAAUUUAUUAGAAAAGGGUAAAGAUGAAGUCAAAGUAGAUACUAUGAAGAAAAUCUUAAUCACUAUUUUGAAUGGAGAUCCAUUACCAGAUUUGUUGAUGCACAUUAUUAGAUUUGUCAUGCCUUCUAAGAAUAAAGAAUUAAAAAAGUUGUUAUACCAUUACUGGGAAGUUUGUCCAAAAUUGGAUGAAUCUGGAAAAAUGAGACAUGAAAUGAUUCUUGUCUGUAAUGCCAUCCAACGUGAUUUACAACAUCCAAAUGAAUACAUCAGAGGUAACACUUUAAGAUACUUGAAUAAAUUGAAGGAACCUGAAUUAUUGGAAACUUUAGUUCCAAAUGUCCGUCAAUGUUUGGAACACCGUCAUGCAUAUGUUAGAAAAAAUGCUGUCUUUGCCUUGUGGUCCAUUCAUAAAGUCAGUGAUCAUUUGGCCCCUGAUGCAGAUGAAUUGAUCUACCGUUUCUUGUACGAUGAAAAUGACUCCGUUUGUAAAAGAAACGCUUUUGUCUGUCUUGGUGACUUGAACAGACAAGCUGCUUUACAAUAUAUUCAAGAUAAUAUUUCCGUCAUUGAAACUUUAGACCCAUUAUUACAAUUGGCUUUUAUUGAAUUUAUCAAGAAGGAUUCCAUUCAAAAUCCAGCCUUGAAACAACAAUAUGCCCAAUUGAUGACUGAAAUUCUUGAAAGUUCUUCCAAUGUUGUCAUGUACGAGGCUGCCAAUACUUUAACUGUUUUGACAUCCAACCCUCAAUCUAUUUUAUUGGCUGGUAAUAAGUUUGUUGAAUUGGCCACUAGAGAAGCUGAUAAUAACGUCAAAAUCAUCACCUUGGAAAGAAUUAACCAAUUACACAAACAACAUCCUGGUGUUUUACAAGACUUGUCAUUGGAGAUCUUGAGAGUAUUGUCUUCCCAAGAUUUGGACGUCAAAAAGAAGGCUCUUGAUGUCACUUUACAAUUUAUCUCCACUAGAAAUGUUGAAGAUGUUGUCAAAUUAUUGAAGAAGGAAUUGCAAACUACUGCUAUGUCUAACGACGAGAAGAAUUCGGACUACAGACAAUUAUUGAUAAAUGCUAUCCAUCAAUUAGCUAUUAAAUUUGUUGAAGUUGCUGCAAAUGUUAUUGACUUGUUGUUGGACUCAAUUGCCGACUUAAACAGCACUGCUGCUUACGAAGUGAUUACUUUUGUUAAAGAAGUUGUUGAAAAAUUCCCAGACUUGCGUGAAACCAUUUUGAAGAGAUUGAUUUUGGCUUUGCCUCAUGUUAAAAGUGGGAAAGUUUUCCGUGGUGCAUUGUGGGUCAUUGGUGAAUAUGCAUUAGAAGAAUCCUUAAUACAAGAUUCAUGGAAAUAUAUCAGAGGCAGUAUUGGGGAAGUCCCAAUCCUUACCAGUGAAUUAAAGCAAAAGAAACGCACUACAGAAGAUGGUCAACAAAUUGAGGGUGAUCAAGAGGAAGAAGACGGUAAACCACGUAGAAAGGGUCCAGUAGUUUUACCUGAUGGUACUUAUGCUACAGAAACAGCUUUGACCAGUGAGACCACAGAUGGUUCUGAAAGUGAAAGCAAGACUCCUAUUAGAAAGCAAAUUCUUGGUGGUGAUUUUUAUUUGGGUGCUGUUUUAUCUUCUACGUUAGUUAAAUUGAUUCUUCGUUUACAAAGUUUGCAACUGACUCCAGAAAAGAUCUUGAAUGGGUUGAAAGCAGAGGCUUUGUUAAUUAUGGUUUCUAUUUUGAGAGUUGGUGAAUCGAGUUUGGUUGCCAAGAAGAUUGAUGAAGAUUCUGCUGACAGAAUAUUAUCUUAUGUCAAAAUUUUGAAUGACGAAGAAGAUAUCAAAGAAAUCAAAUCCAGUUUCCUUGAAGAUACCAAGGAUGCAUUCAAAGCGCAAAUUGCUAAUGCUGAAUUGAAGAAAGCUGAUGCAUUGGCUAAAGACUUGCAUGAAAAUGCUGAACAAAUCGAUGAUGCUAUCGUUUUUAGACAAUUGGACAAGGAUAACAAGGCAAGUAAAGCAACUGUUGAUGACGUGGCUGUUGCUUCUGGAAGUAACGAAUUAAAGAAAGAAGAUUUGUCAUCAAGAUUAAACAAGAUAUUGCAAUUGACUGGUUUUUCAGAUCCUAUUUACGCCGAAGCUUUCGUCAAGGUACAUCAAUACGAUGUUGUUUUAGAUGUUUUAUUAGUCAACCAAACUACAACCACUUUAAGAAACUUGUCUGUUGAGUUUGCCACAUUAGGUGACUUGAAGGUUGUCGAUAAGCCAACUACUGCUAAUAUUGGACCACACGGAUUCUACAAGGUCCAAACCACCAUCAAGGUGACUUCCGCUGAUACAGGGGUUAUUUUUGGUAACAUUGUUUAUGAUGGUCAACACUCAGAUGAAUCACGUAUAGUUAUUUUGAACGAUGUUCAUGUGGACAUUAUGGAUUACAUCAAGCCUGCCACUUGUUCCGAAAGUCAAUUCCGUAAGAUGUGGAACGAAUUUGAAUGGGAAAACAAGAUUACUAUCAAGUCUCCAAUUGAAAGUUUGAAGGAAUAUUUGGAUGAAUUGAUGAAAGGUACAAAUAUGCAAUGUUUGACUCCUGGUGCCGUCAUUGGUGAAGAAUGUCAAUUUUUGUCAGCCAAUUUGUAUUCAAGAUCCAGUUUCGGUGAAGAUGCUUUGGCUAACUUAUGUAUAGAAAAACAAUCCGAUGGACCUAUUAUUGGUCAUGUUAGAAUAAGAUCAAAGGGUCAAGGGUUGGCAUUAUCCUUGGGUGACAGAGUUGCUUCUAUUUCUAGAAAGGGUAAGAAGGCUGCCAUCACUCGUGUGUAG